AUGUGCUGCAACUACUACGGGAACUCCUACGGGGGCUGUGGCUACGGCUGUGGCUACGGCUCUGGCUAUGGCUCUGGCUCUGGCUGUGGCUAUGGAUCCAGAUAUGGCUGUGGCUACGGCUCUGGCUACGGCUGUGGUUAUGGCUCUGGCUACGGCUGUGGAUAUGGCUCUGGUUAUGGCUGUGGAUAUGGAUCCAAAUAUAGCUGUGGCUACGGCUCUGGCUACGGCUCUGGCUAUGGGUCCAGAUAUGGCUGUGGCUACGGCUCUGGCUACGGCUGUGGUUAUGGCUCUGGCUACGGCUGUGGAUAUGGCUCUGGUUAUGGCUGUGGAUAUGGAUCCAAAUAUAGCUGUGGCUACGGCUCUGGCUACGGCUCUGGCUAUGGGUCCAGAUAUGGCUGUGGCUACGGCUCUGGCUAUGGCAGUGGCUGCUGCACCUCCCGACCAUGCUGCUACCGACGAUGCUAUUCUUCUUGCUGCUAG